UUAAAAAAAUCGAGGUCGUGGAUAACAGACCAUCAGAGGAUUUGGGAAAGAAAAUUUUCGAGUCCUAAUCAGUGCGGUUACCAGUUGAGUAGCCCUGGUUUCUUCUUGUCCAAUCAGCUUCUGACUCUCACUAUAAAUACGUGGCUAGGUUUGACUCCGUAUACCAGCUAAACUUUCCAGCCAUGGCUCGCACUAAACAGACAGCUCGCAAGUCCACCGGCGGCAAGGCGCCGCGCAAGCAGCUGGCCACCAAGGCGGCCCGCAAGAGCGCGCCGGCCACGGGCGGCGUGAAGAAGCCGCACCGCUACCGGCCCGGCACGGUGGCCCUGCGCGAGAUCCGCCGCUACCAGAAGUCCACGGAGCUGCUGAUCCGCAAGCUGCCGUUCCAGCGGCUGGUGCGCGAGAUCGCGCAGGAUUUCAAGACCGACCUGCGCUUCCAGAGCUCGGCCGUGAUGGCUCUGCAGGAGGCGUGCGAGGCCUACCUGGUGGGGCUCUUUGAGGACACGAACCUGUGCGCCAUCCUCGCGAUGUCUGGUCGUGGCAAGGGUGGAAAAGGUCUUGGUAAAGGAGGUGCAAAGCGCCACCGAAAAGUCCUGCGGGAUAAUAUCCAAGGAAUCACUAAGCCCGCGAUCCGGCGUCUGGCCCGGCGAGGUGGUGUGAAGCGCAUCUCUGGCCUCAUCUACGAGGAGACCCGCGGGGUGCUGAAGGUGUUCCUGGAGAACGUGAUUCGGGACGCCGUCACGUACACCGAGCACGCCAAGCGCAAGACCGUUACGGCCAUGGACGUGGUCUACGCGCUCAAGCGCCAGGGCCGCACUCUCUACGGUUUCGGCGGCUGAGUUAGCAGUUUUGCUUCCGAUUUACGAACAAGCCCUUUUCAGGGCUUCCUAUUUUCUCAUUUGAGGAGCUGUGAUGCUAGUUUCGUAACUAUUUCUAAGUAUUUUGAUAACCACUGCGGACAUUUUCUUUUUUUAAUAUAGCCGUUUGUUCUCCGAGGCUGGCUUGUGCGUCUUCCAGGGCGCAUGCGUACCCAAUCCGCCUAGUUACAGCAGGGGACUCUGCUCCGUCAAUCCUUCACCUAAAAACAUAUUCGAACGUAAUUUGUAAGGGAUCAUUAGUUGCCGAUUUUGCUAAAGAAGGUGGAUAGUGGGAAAGAUUAUCUGCUUCAUGACUUACGUUUGUUGCAUAAAGAGAUCUUGCUAUAAAUAUCUACGUGAUUUAAGUGGUUAGAACAAAGACAUCCGGGACUUAGGACAAUUGUUUGGCUUUACUUUCCAGCUGUACUGGGAAAACUUACACUAGAAGGAAGCCAUACCCUGAAACCUUAGCAAAUAUAAAAAAGUAUUGUAAUUAAAUGCCCUGAGAAUUUGCAGGUAUUCCUUAACAUAGAUUAGGCAGUUUCAUCGCUUGUUCAGGACUCUCCCUUAGAAAACGCACUACAGUCAGCCAGGAAAGAUCUCAAUCGGUGGCUUCGGGAACGUUAGUUAAAUAAUUCAUCUAUUUAUAUUACAGAGUGACUGCUGUGCUUCAGACACUGCACUUGGCACUGGUGAUAUAUGAAGGGGGGAAAAAAGACUCCUGCUCUUUUUACUGAGGAAAGACAAAAUAAACUAAUAAAAAUCAUUUUACUACAUCCAAUGGGCAAUUAUUAGUCUUCACUUUCUUUGGGCUGUUGGAAACACUGACAUAAUUGACCCUACAAUUUCUCUUUGAUACUUUUUUUGAUGCUUCUGGAAAAACAGUAACCAUCUGUUGAUGACAACAAAGAAUUUGGUUAUUGUAUUAAUCAACAUCUUUGUAGAGAAGGAUAGAAUCCUCUAUUUAGGUAUAAUACCAAUAGGAUACUGACAAAACUCCAAGGGCCCCCUGAUACAUGCCAUCAAGUAUUUGCUAUUAUAGCCACCAAAUAAGAAGGGCAUUUAUACCUAGGAACAAAAUCUGUUGAGUUUUGUGUCUUUAAUAUGCAGUAUUGUUUACCCAACUUUAAAAGUGUAAGUUAAACAUUUAUAUCAAUAACAUCUGGUUC